AUGGCCGCGGCGGGGACGGAGCUGCCCGGCGGCAACGCCAGCGCCAACCAGAGCGCCGCCGACGCCUCGGUGUCGCGGGACGUGUGGAUGGUGGGCAUGGGCAUCCUGAUGUCGCUGAUCGUGCUGGCCAUCGUGUUCGGCAACGUGCUGGUGAUCACGGCCAUCGCCCGCUUCCAGCGCCUGCAGACCGUCACCAACUACUUCAUCACCUCGCUGGCCUGUGCCGACCUGGUCAUGGGGCUGGCCGUGGUGCCCUUCGGCGCCUGCCACAUCAUCAUGGAGAUGUGGAAGUUUGGGAACUUCUGGUGCGAGUUCUGGACCUCUCUGGACGUGCUGUGCGUCACGGCCAGCAUCGAGACCCUGUGUGUCAUUGCCGUGGACCGGUACUUCGCCAUCACCUCCCCGUUCAAGUACCAGAGCCUGCUGACCAAGGGCAAGGCACGUGUGGUCAUCCUGGUGGUGUGGGUGGUGUCAGGUCUGACCUCCUUCCUGCCCAUCCAGAUGCACUGGUACCGGGCAGACCAUGAGGACGCCAUCCGCUGCUACCAGGACGAGAUGUGCUGCGACUUCUUCACCAACCAAGCCUACGCCAUCGCCUCCUCCAUCAUCUCCUUCUACCUGCCCCUCGUCGUCAUGGUCUUCGUGUACGCCAGGGUCUUCCAGGUGGCCAAGAAGCAGCUGCAGAAGAUAGACAGGAGCGAGGGGAGGUUCCACACCCAGAACAAGGAGCAGGAGCAGAAAGGGGGAGCCGGGCACCGCCGCUCCUCCAAGUUCUUCUUGAAGGAGCACAAGGCCCUCAAAACCCUGGGCAUCAUCAUGGGCACCUUCACGCUGUGCUGGCUGCCCUUCUUCAUCGUCAACAUCGUGCACGUCAUCCAGGACAACAUCAUUCCCAAGUACCUGUACAUCCUCUUGAACUGGCUGGGCUACGUCAACUCUGCCUUCAACCCCCUGAUCUACUGCCGGAGCCCCGACUUCAGGUACGCCUUCCAGGAGCUGCUGUGCCUCCGCAGGUCCGCCCUCAAGAUGUACGCCAACGGCUACUCCAACAGCAACGGCAGGAGCGACUACAACGAGGAGGACAACGGCUACCCCCUGGCCCCGGAUAAAACCUGCGACCUGCUCUGCGAGGAGGGCUCCUUCCCUCGCCCCGAGGACUUUUUGCACGGCAAAGAGAUCCCUGGAUGCCCAGGAAUGGUGGAGAGCUGA